UCCUGUUUUAGAAACCUUCGAUUUUAACUCAUGCAAUUAAUGGUUGAAUCCUGCUUUAAUAAACCUCGACGACAAAACAUAGAUGGAAUCUAGGCAGCAGGUACCACCAAAACGCCGUCCUGUUUUAGCGUUUUUUUCCCCCACUUUUCAUUUUCAUGCUUCCGUACACAUCAAAUUCCACAAUUUCUGAUUCCUCAAUCUCUCUGUAAUCUCUAAUGUUUUCUUUUCACACACGCAGUCAUACCCAAACUUUCAUUCAAGACACAGAGCACAAAGCCUAAGCUACCUAUCCCCCUAUGCCCAGAAACUAGGAACUAGGAAAAUGCCCCAUACGCCAAAAACCCUAACUAACCUUUUCUGAUUUCGUUUUUUUGACCCACCAAACCAAUCACUACCCUCAAUUCUCCUCUUUUACUUAUUCCCUCCCAAACAUUAAUCUCUUUCGAUUUUUCUCCUAAAGCUGCUUCCUUUCGCUUUUUUUCUCUACUGGGUACGCCUCCACCACUCCCUUUCUUUUCCCUCUUUUGGCUCAAUUCUCGUUCUUCCGUUCUGAUCUCAAACACCUACCUUUAUGUUUCUCCAAUUGUUUUCACCAGUUACGUGCUCAAUCUGUUAGAUCAGUGUUCACUGUUUGUUGAUUUUUAAUUUUUUUAUCUGAUUGGUGUUUGUUUGGUUGCACAAAUUCACUCUUUUUUCACCAGGGGGUGUUUUUUUUUUUUCUGUGUCGUAUAAAUUUGAAGGAUUAGAAGAUCCUCUUUUGAUCUUCGGUUUUGAACGGUGUUUUUGUGGGGGGUGUGAUUAGUUCUCUUCUGAUGUUUUAUUUCCAAUCACUAUUUCAAAUAUCACCUGCUAAUUAUCUAUCAUCUAGACCCCCUUUCUCCUACCCAAUUUCCCAUGUUUUUCUCCCCUCUGAGGUGUUCUUCAUAUGCUGCUUCAAUUGCCUGAGAUUUCGUCUCAAAAUUUGAUGCUGUGAUCCAAAGGGGGAGUUGCUGGUUGCUGUCACUGUGAAUCUUUCUGCAGGUUCUUUGAGUCACACUUAGUUUUCUUUGGUGAGAAGUAAGAAUAAGAGAAAGAGAGAGAAUUUUGAGGAUGGGAGACCGUUGCAGACAUUUUUCCAUUGAGGAAUUGCCAUCACAUUUGGUAUUAGAAAUUCUGUGCUCGGGCAGGCUCAGUGCAAUGGACCUUGUUUGUUUAGAAUUGACUUCCAAAACUUUUGGUGGUAGUCAUGGUUUGCACCCUUUCAAGUUCAAGUCCUUGGUUGACUUUGCUGCAUUUCAAUUGUGUGCCUCCCAUGUUACCUUUGCAAGGAUGGGUUUGAAUUCUCAGAGGGAGCUGUAUGAUAGAUGUGGAGGAAAUUGGAAGCGAGUUUUGAGGUUCUUGCAGUCUGUGGAACAAUCCUCUCAGAUGGUCGAGACAUCAUCAGGCAAUAUGCAAAUAACAACCGGAAAGUAUCACACCUUAUUGAUCAGCAAUUCUUCUGUCUAUUCUUGUGGUUCUGGUUUGUGUGGUGUACUUGGUCAAGGGUCUGAAACAACACAGUGUGUAGCAUUUACCCGGAUAGAUUCCCCACCUUUGCCACGAGUGGUUCACGUUUCAGCCUCCUUUAACCAUGCAGCUUUCGUUAUGCAAUCUGGAGAGGUAUUCACAUGUGGAGAUAAUUCAUCUUCUUGCUGUGGGCAUAGAGAUACAACCCGACCAAUUUUCAGGCCACGCCUUGUUGAAUCCCUGAAGGGAAUUCCUUGCAAACAAGUUGCAGCGGGGCUUAAUUUCACAGUCUUCCUCACCAGACAAGGUCAUGUUUAUACAUGUGGAACCAACACACAUGGCCAGCUUGGUCAUGGUGAUACUCAGGACAGGCCAACCCCCAAAAUGAUUGAAGUCCUUAGCUCUGUUGUUCAGAUUGCUGCGGGACCAAGCUAUAUCUUAUCCGUAACAGAAAAUGGGACAGUAUACUCCUUUGGAUCAGGUGCUAAUUUCUGUCUUGGCCAUGGUGAGCAGCAUGAUGAGUUGCAGCCACGUCCUAUACAGAAAUUCAGAAGGAAAGGUAUUCAUAUUGUUCGUGUAUCUGCAGGGGAUGAGCAUGCAGUGGCACUUGACUCAAAUGGAUUUGUAUAUACAUGGGGCAAGGGAUACUGUGGUGCUUUAGGCCAUGGGGAUGAGAUUGAGAAGACAACUCCAGAGUUGUUGACUAGUCUCAAGAAUCAAUUGGCUGUUCAGGUCUGUGCAAGGAAGAGGAAAACAUUUGUUCUAGUUAAUUCUGGUUCAGUCUAUGGCUUUGGCUCCAUGGGAUUUGGCAGCCUCGGAUUCCUGGAUAGAAGGGUAUCUGAUAAAGUAUUGAAACCUAGAAUCUUAGAUACCUUGAGAGCUCACCAUGUUUCUCAAAUUAGCACUGGCUUGUACCACACUGUGGUGAUCACUAGCAGGGGACAGAUAUUUGGCUUUGGAGACAAUGAAAGAGCACAACUUGGUCAUGACACAUUAAGAAGCUGCCUUGAGCCCACUCAAAUUUUCAUUAAAGAUACAUCUGAAGAUGUAGAAAGCACGUGAGGCUCCAAAAGCAAUCACCUCUUUUUAUUUGUGGUUCUGGUAUACCACAUUGACCAAUACUGUUAAAGUUUACUGUUCUAUAUUAUAGUACAUUAUAAUUAUAUUGUAGUUAUUAAGAAUAAUAAAUAACAUGCAACAUUGUCACCAUUUUUCAAUACGUUAUAGGGUGUGAUUUUGUUUUGUUCAGAA